CGCCUUGGUUCGAGAUGUCAUUUCCGCAUUUGCGCCCUCUUGAACACAUCUUCAGCAUGGUCAAACUCGUCCUCGUAGCCGCGUUCGUCGCCGCGUUGGCCACCGCCAAGAUUGCCCCCAGCGUCCACCGCCAUUUGGAACUGAGCGAGUCAGUGGACGUGGUCGUGGAGUUCCAAGACGGCAACACCAACGCCCUCCAAGCCGCGAGCGCCGACUUGCGGUCGAUCCAGGGCCGCGGCCCCCGCAUCGCCCACCUGCGCUCGCUGCUCGUGAACUCGAUGGAGUCGUCUCAACAGGCGGCGUUGGAGCUGCUGUCGGCGCAGCCCGAGGCGCUUUCCGUGCGCUCCGAGCAGUUCUACAUCAGCAACCGCCUCUUCUUGUACGGCGUCAGCCGCGUGGUGCUGGACGCGCUGGCCAAACUGGACGGCGUCGCCCGCAUCCGGUCGCCGGUCGUGGCGCACCUCCCCGUGGUCGACACCGAAGUGGUCGUGGACUUGCCGGUGGUGGACACCAACUCGUCUAUCCUGGCCAACGAGUGGGGGGUCAACCUCAUCGGCGCCCCGUCCGUGUGGGCUGGCGGCAACCGCGGCGAAGGCGUCGUCGUGGGGGUUCUUGACACGGGGGCCAUCUACACCCACGAAGCGAUCAAGGCCAACUACCGCGCCACGUACGGCUGGUUCGACCCCACCGACAAGUCGCCGACUCCCAUCGACACGAACGGUCACGGUACCCACGUUGUGGGCACGUCCGUGGGCGCCAACGGCAUCGGCGUCGCUCCUGGUGCCACUUGGAUCGCGUGCCGAGGCUGCACGACCAGCUCUUGCCCCGAGGCGGCCCUCACGGCGUGCGCGCAGUUCCUUCUCUGCCCCACGGACGCCCAGGGCCUGAACCCCAAGUGCGAGCUCGCGCCCCAUGUGAUCAACAACAGCUGGGGCGGCGGGUCGGGCUCGAGCUGGUACCAGGCCAACGUGAACGCGUGGCAGGCGGCGGGUAUCAUCCCCGUGUUCGCCAACGGCAACGCCGGACCCAACUGCGGCACGGCCAACUCGCCCGGCGACUACAAGAACGUGAUCGGCGUGGGCGCCGUGGGGGCCGACGACAAGCUCGCGAGUUUCAGCAGCCGCGGACCCGCCCGAGACGGCACCCUCAAGCCAGACGUGUCGGCCCCCGGCUUCCAGGUUCGGUCGGCGUGGAACACUGGCAACGCAGCGUACAACACCAUCUCGGGCACGUCCAUGGCGUCUCCCCACGUCACGGGCGCCGUCGCGCUCUACUUGAGCCGCAACAAGGGCGCCAAGUAUGCCGACGUGUACCGCGCCUUCACCACCUCCGUGGACACGAGCACGCUGACCCCGGACAACAAGAACUGCGGCGGCGUCGCCGAUGCGCGGUACCCCAACAACAACUACGGGUACGGCCGCAUCAACGUCGCGCGGGCGAUCGGGGGCGGCGCUGUCACCCCCACGACGGCUCCCACGAACACUCCCACGACCACCCGGACGACUGCUCGCCCCACCCCCCGCCCCACUCCCCGCCCCACCCCCCGCCGGACCACUCGCCGUCCUCGCUCGGGAAACAAGGAAGCCGACAUUGCUGCCUUGGAAGAAGGGUUGGCCGACCUCUUGGACAAUUAAGCAAUGGGUUGCCGUGCCUUGUAUGUCGAUAGUAAAAACUGUGGUUUCUGUCCCAAA